CUGUCAAGUCAAACUCAGAGGAUCCGAUGUGAAUUUGUUGUCGGCAGGCAGGCUCUCUAAUCUAGCGCAGAGAGGAUGCACUGUGGUGGCGCUGAAGAUGGCCCUAUCGAGAGGGUUGCGGUGCUGCCAGCGUAUUUUCUCUUGGAUCCCAGUGAUUAUUAUUACUAUGGUGAUGUUGUGGUCCUAUUAUGCGUAUGUUUUUGAACUCUGUCUGUUUACUAUCACCAACGGUUUUGAAAAAGUGGCCUACCUUGCAGUUUUUCAUGUCUGUUUUGUAAUGUUUGCGUGGACAUAUUGGAAGUCUAUUUUUACACCGCCUUCUCAGCCAUCAAAACAGUUUCAUAUGUCCUACUCUGACAAGGAGAGAUAUGAGAAUGAGGAGCGGUCUGAAGUACAGAAGCAAAUCCUGCUGGAUAUAGCCAAGAGGUUACCAGUCUACACCCGGGCAGCAUCUGGAGCUGUCAGGUUUUGCGAUCGUUGUCAGGUGAUUAAACCGGACCGCUGCCAUCACUGUUCUCUCUGUGAAAUGUGUGUGUUGAAAAUGGAUCAUCACUGCCCUUGGGUGAAUAACUGCAUUGGUUUUUCAAACUACAAGUUCUUUCUGCUGUUCCUGACGUAUGCCAUGGUGUACUGUGUGUUCAUUGCCUCAACUGUUUUGCAGUACUUCAUCAAGUUUUGGGCAGGUGAGCUCCCAAAUGGCCACGCCAAGUUCCAUAUCUUGUUCUUGCUCUUUGUGGCUCUCAUGUUCUUUGUGAGUCUCAUGUUCCUGUUUGGCUACCACUGUUGGCUCGUGGCUAAAAACAGAUCCACGCUAGAAGCUUUUCAAUACCCAACUUUCCAUAACGGACCUGACAAAAAUGGCUUCAAUCUUGGGUUUUCGAAAAACCUGCAACAGGUGUUUGGGGAAGAUAGAAAAUAUUGGUUUAUACCAACGUUUACCAGCCUUGGCGAUGGUCAUUUCUUCCCCAUGAGGUUUCUGAGCGAAUCCCGAAAUCCUCUGUUGGCCAGUGAAGAGCAGUGUGAGGAUGGGGGAUCGGAUGAAGAAAACUACAUUCUGCGAAGAGGAGAUCCGUCAGUCACCAUAGAACUGGACACAUAGCAAGCUGUGGGGUUUUCUGAUUUCCUGCUACAGGACUGCAGAUUACUUAAGAUGAGAGACCCCCCCCCCCCCCCCCCAAGGACCAAGAAUCAAGUUACUGUUGUGUUUUAUGGAUAACCACAUUCCGUUUUACUGGAUUUGAAAACAGCAACGCUUCUUUUUUUAAUAUAUAUCAGAUCUUGUUUUGUAAUUAAACAUUGAUGAUGGGAACAUACCAGUUAUUGCAGGGUAAGGGCUGUGUCCGACAGGAGCUGGGGAUCUAUCCCACUUUGAGAAUUCCCGAUAUGCCUUUCAGGGACACAAAAUGAUUCCAAUGUGUGACACAAUACUGCUCAAGGUGAUUUUAAAUGAAACCAGGGAACAUUUGUACAGUAGGCACUGGGUAUCACACACUGGUUUGUUUACAGUGUAUGCUUCACUUAUUGAAUGAAUAGGGUUUUCUAAAAACAAACUCCCUCUAGUUUUGGUGAGUCCUUUUCUUUGUGUGCAGUGGGUUAUUGGUGACACUGUUGCUGUUUUUUUUUUUUUUAGCUUGCAGUGUCUGUCUCAGUGCUGGUGACUUUUAGAACAUACAAGGGACAUUUUCUUGCAUUCUGGUUAGAAAUAUGGAUUCUUCUUCAUUCCAUUGUAAAAUGAAAUGUUUUUGUUAACAAUGAGAAGGAGGAUGGUGUGGUUGAGUCAUAGGGGGCGUUGUUGAGCAUUGUCUUAACUCUUAAGACACUGUUAGCUCCUGCCCAGUUCAAUCUUUCCCCCCUGACUUAUCUAUGGGCUGGUCAAGUUAUGAGACUGGUAUUAUUGACACUAAUUUUAGAAAUCCUAAAAGAAGACCAAGACGACUUGUUGAAAUUGUCAUGUUUUAAAGUUUCUUUUAGUAUUUCUAAACUCAGCACUAUUGAUUAUUUAACAGUUAUGAAUAUGAUGACAGAGUAUCUUUGUAUAUCCUGAUACCUUGUACUUGGUUAUAAAAUCUUAAAAAAUGUGCAACGUUAUUACUGCCCUUUGUGCUGUACUAUAAAAAACAACUUGGCACAGGUAUCAAAUACCACAGUUACUUAGCUGUUGUGCUCUUCUUGUUUCUAUUCAUGCAUAUCCGUUUUUAUUUCAGUAUCCUGUCCCCCUGCAACACUGCCCCCAGUGGACAUAAGAUAUAUCACAUUUGUUCUGUGUGGUAUUUCUACGUGUCAUUGUUAUAUCCACUAGGGGCAGGUGGAGCAGGUUAAUGGGUACACUCUAAAGAGGCCUUUUAAAAAUCUUGGUGAUGUUCUUAUGUACAUCUGCAUUAAAGUAAAUAACCACGAUAUAUUCAGCACAAAAAGAGGAGGCAGUGAUAGUGUUGCUAGUGUAAGAUUAGGAGAUUUGACGUUACAGCUUUGCUAAUCAUUUGGUAUUAUGUUAAAUGAUUUUCAGUUCAGUACUAAUGAAAGCUAUGUUAAGAAUCAAUAUAAUUCUUACUGAAUUUGAUAUGAUGUAUUUAAGGCACAGGACUCCGUAUAUUUAUAUGAACAGGACUGUGUUGUACUGAUGUGUAUGCAGUGAGGUGAGAAAGUUACACAACUUGUGUAUCUAUAGAAUAGUUUCACCAGCUCUCGAAUGUAAAGAAUGUAUUUUGCCGUUAUUUUUUAUAUAUUUAAGAAAGCUGUUAAGGUGUUGAUAAAAAUCAGCUGUGUCAUUUUUCAUUGUUUGGUUUUGUAUGUAAAUUAUCAUUAUUACAAAAAAUAUAUAUAUUUGGAGAGAAAAGCCUAUUUCACUGAGCUCCCAAUUCAAAUUACUGUACAAGUUUAAAGCUGUUUUGUUAAAUAGAAAGCAAUGAUCACAUUCUGUAGCAAAGGCAACUAAAGUCAUUAGCACUACUGGCAGGUGUCCUUGUAAUUUAGAGUUUCCAAACAAUUAAAAAAAAAAAAAAAAAAAUAACUUAGAGGAGAGAGAUUUAUUUAUUUCUGAAUAUACAGCAGGUAUUCUCCUGCCUUGUUUUCAUUGUUUACAGUAUUGACUAAUGUUGUUGCUCUUGAAGAUGUUCUGAUAUCACGCAGUGGCUAAAGGACCAGUAUUCUAUGAACAAGUAUUAGAAAUUUUGCUUUCUACAAAAACCCUGCUUCUCAUACUUGAAAGGUCUGAUCCAAAAGAGUUGCUAUCCCCUCCCCAUUUUCUGAUGGUUCUUUUUUAUGAGUGCUUCUUUUUACAUUUGCUUCAAGAUGUUUUUAUUUUAAGUCUGCGUUGACUAUGAGUUCAGGUGCUCUUUCUCUAGUUGCCUGCCAUAGACACAUGUUAACACCAGCACCAUCCAGUGCACAGCAAUGUAUUACCAGCAAAACCAAAGGAAACUUCAUGCAAAGUGUUAGCUUACUAGAUGGCACUGGAUCUUGCUUCUGUAACCAGACUGGCUGAUGUAGCCUAUGUUGCAUAUAUCUAUGGCAGGCAGCUAUGUCUGAAGAUCUUGUGUGAGCGCACCUUAUCACAGACAUUUAAAAAAUAAAAAACAGUAUUUGAGUAAUUGAACCACUCAGAAUUAUUGGGGAGGAAAAAACUAAGAAAAUGAAAUGUCAAACUGCUAAAGGCGUUAUAACCAGGGAUAUAUAUAUAUAUAUAUAUAUAUAUAUAUAUAUAUAUAUAUAUAUAUAUAUAUAUAUAUAUAACUGUUCUUAGCAGAAUGUUAGAUGGUUUGCUGUUUUAUCUUUUUAUUUGCUUGUUCACAUCCUGUGCUACAAGAAAUAGAAACUUACUGCACCCAUGUGUCAUACAGCCAGCUCAGAUGGGGUCUAUUACUUGAAGUGGAAGUGAACUAAGUCUAAAUAAAAGAUAAGUAUUUGUUUCUGUCAAUACACCAUUAAUGCAGUAAACAAGCACUUUAAUGAAUCACUGGUUCCUUGAAUGCACUGCAUAUUUGUAAUUGACCCAGAACAACACCAUACAAUGAUAUCAAGCAGGAUUGUCCUUGUAAUAAAAGCAGGAUUUGACCAUUCUAAUAUUGCAUAUACAUUAGAUGUUAUAGUGGACAGUAAAGAAGUAUCCAGUAAUGUAGUAACUGCAGACAGGCAGUUUUAAAUUGCUGCUGUCUACACUUGGCCAUUCACACUGAUCCUCCUUAGGAUACUGUGUGCACAGACAGUUUUUAAAAAUGACAAAGGUGAGCAAAGCACUGUGUUCAAGUUUGUUUGUAUUUUGAUGUUACCUGUGUGUUCUGCUCAGUUGUGUAUGUGAUUCUGUUUUUGUUUGUUUCUUCCUAAAGACAAGAAGUAAGGCCUUGUGAAACUGAAAUUACAGAAUAUUGCAUUAUUAUAAUUAAAAAAACAAAUAAAAUAAAACUCAUUACUUCCGGUUACCUACUGGAGUAGACUGUC